GCACAGAGUUGAGCGACUUGUCCCAAGAUCACACCGGGCACACGCGCGCACCUCGGAGCGCAUCUGACCUGUGGUGCACAUCUCUCCACCUCAGCCUCGCGGUUAUCCUUCAGAGCAAUGGGCGUAGGCUACCUACGCUUUUUUUCGUCUCGAAGGAGGUAGGUGAGGGACGGGGUCGUAGCUCCAUAAAUACUUGGCUCACAAUGACUUUGGAUGGACCCGGUUGGAUUUACCGUUGGAGCAGCCAAGAGCAGAUACGUAACUUUAUGGCAAACUGAUAGUGCGUAUUUAAAGAAGGGCCGCCCGGUGAAGGCCUCACUUAAAACUGUGAAAGUUGUUUCAUCUUUGGCGAAUAAAGGAACUCUGUGAGCGGUACAGGCUAAGUGGAUUUAUCCUCUUCAAAGACUGGGAUGUAGUUCAAUUUUACAGCUAAGUAGCCGAAGUAAUUUGUUAACAUGACAGUCCUUGCAUCUUUGAACUGUGCAGUUCUGGGUAUCGCGUGGAGCCUGAGCUUUUUGUCGUGCGCUCAUUGUGGGUUAAGUGACCACCAUGUGCACUCCAGUUUUAUCUACAGGAGAUUGCGCAAUCACGAACGCAAAGAGAUCCAGAGAGAGAUCCUGUCCAUCCUGGGUCUGCCCCACCGGCCGAGGCCCUUCUCUCCCGGGAAACAGUCCUCUUCUGCGCCGCUCUUCAUGCUCGACCUGUACAAUGCCAUGUCCGUGGAGGAGGAAAGCGCGUACCACGGAACAGGGAAAGGCUUCAGUGCCAAGGCGGCCGGCCAGUCCCGGAAAGCUUACUACAGCCCCCAGGGCAACGGAUACUCCCGUAUGGCACAGCCCUACCGCGCGGCCCCUCUGUUGGGCCACAACCCUGCGCUCACCACGGCACAUGACACCAACUUUCUAAACGACGCCGACAUGGUCAUGAGUUUUGUUAAUUUAGUGGAGAAAGAUAAAGAUUUCUCUCACCAAAGACGACACUACAAGGAGUUCCGGUUUGAUCUGACUCAAAUCCCUGAGGGGGAGGCUGUGACUGCAGCCGAGUUUCGUAUCUAUAAGGAUCGCAGCCAUUCAAGAUAUGACAAUAUUACUCUGAAGAUCUCCAUAUAUCAAGUAAUCAAAGAAUAUCAAAAUAAAGACGCAGACACUUUCCUUCUGGAUUUCAAAAAAGUGCAGGCCUCAGACGGAGGUUGGCUCGGCUUUGACAUCACAGCCACCAGUAACCACUGGGUGAUGAACCCCCAGCACAACCUGGGGCUGCAGCUCUGCGUGGAGACGGCAGAUGGCCGCAGCAUCAACACUAAGUCUGCCGGAAUCAUUGGAAGGAAUGGGCCCCAAUCUAAACAGCCAUUCCUGGUUGCUUUCUUUAAGGCCAGUGGAGUGUUGCUUCGCUCAGUGAGAGCUACUGGUGGGAAGAAAAAGAACCAUAAUCGCAAUAAAUCUAACAAUCAACAAGAGUCAUCACGAGCACCAAAGAGUGGAGACUAUAACACAAGUGAACAGAAGCAAGCCUGCAAAAAACAUGAACUCUAUGUGAGCUUCAGAGAUUUGGGUUGGCAGGACUGGAUUAUUGCUCCAGAGGGUUAUGCUGCUUUUUACUGUGAUGGUGAAUGUGCAUUUCCUCUUAAUGCGCACAUGAAUGCAACCAAUCAUGCCAUUGUUCAAACUCUUGUGCAUUUAAUGUUUCCUAACAAUGUGCCAAAGCCGUGCUGCGCUCCAACCAAACUGAAUGCAAUAUCAGUGCUGUACUUUGAUGACAGCUCCAACGUGAUCCUUAAAAAAUACAGGAACAUGGUGGUGCGGUCUUGUGGUUGCCAUUAGCAUCCAGGAAGACUUUAAUUUAUGCUCUCUGGUCCAACUCUCUUGAAAACACAUCUGCUGUGGUUGUGAGAAUAUGUACAGUGUUAUGUAUAUAAUGUUUUCUGGAUAAUUUAUUAAUAGCACUGAUUAUUGUUCUGUCAAAGUAAGUAAUAUAUGAGUUUUCCUUAUCACUUUGUCCAAUGGCAUAUAUCCCCCCUUUAGUUUCUGCUAUUCACUGGAAUCAAAAUGAGAACUUAAAUUCAAUAUAUUCCUUCUAUUUUAUGUAAUUGCCAGUUAAGAUAAUUGCAGUACAGCUUAAGGUAUUGUAAGGCUGUCUUACUUUCAAGCAGUAUGACUCAGUUGUAGAGUUGUACCAUAUGCAGGGCACUUAUAGUGCAUUUUUUUAAGAUCGUAUGGUUAUCUGUAUAUUUUUCCUCCAUUCUUAUCUCUGCUCUUCCCCAAUAAAAAGUAAAAAAUAUUGUUUACAUCUUUUAC